AAUGAUACAUUUGGAAGACAGCGGAUAAUAAGAAAAGAAGUUCUUUGUUAUGACUCAAACAAGGGUUGGUAGAUCCUAACCCAAAGGUUAUCGAGUGUGCACUUACACAUUGCAACUAACCAGCUUUUUGCGGUACAGACUGCCACUCCGGGCAUUAUGUUUGGCACGGACGAAAAUCGAGCUGAAUAGCUUCUUCUCGUGAAAUGCUACACCCCAAGCGGGGGUUUCAAACCAAUGUCCAGCAGUAAGAGGAAAAUGAUUCUACUAUAACCGCUAAUCCACGAAGGAACUUGCUGAAGCGGUACAAGUAUCACUGCAAGAACUGAGUAAGAAUGCACAUAGUACCAGAUUAUUACCCUGACGUGUCUCGACGUCUGUCACAGGUGCUGGAUGAUAUAGGAGUGAAUGAGAGGACUGUCAAUGUGAGGAGACGUACUGGACUGCUGAGGGAGAGUAUGUGGACAUUGAGUCACAAUGUUCUCGGCGGGGACAUAAAGGUUUAUCAUUUCGGUAGUCAGACGGAAGGUACUACUACUUUAGGACUUAAUUCCGAUAUCGAUGUACUGGCCUGUUAUAAUAAUUUUAAUGUGAUACAAGACUGGGGAGAUUGGAAACAAGGUAAAUUUAACUUCUUAAUGAUCCAGGAUGAUACAGUACCUCCAGGUUAUUGUAGACUUCAGGUGUUACGAUCAGAUAUUCCUGUAGCUGUGGAGGAUUUACCCGAUGAACAAUGUGAAUAUGACAUUGAAAGAAGGGGUUUAUGAAGAAUACGAUCAUACACCAAGAAUUGCCUGAAGGAGCAGUUAGACAUGGUCCAGCAGGUACACAUGAAGCCGCCAGUCUUGACUUGGUGCAUGCGUUUCCAUGUAGAAGAUGGCCAAGUGAAGCAGAAUCGUGGAUGUUUAGAUAUUAUACAAACCAGUCCAACAACAUUCACUUGAUACGACAAGCAGUGCAGUCGGGCUGUUUUCUGGUAGGUACCGGGCACAGUUCUAGUCAAAACGAGAGAUCAGAAUGGAGAAUAUCUACUUCAAUGGCUGAGAGAUAUAUAAUGUUCAAUAUGAAUAUCACGCAAAUCAGAUGUUAUGUUCUUCUGAAAAUGAUAAUGAAAACCUUUAUUGCACCUGACUUUCCAGACACAAUAUCAAACUUUCACUGUAAAACGGUUUUUAUGCAUUUAAUUGAAAAUUCAAAAAAUGAACUUUGGCGUGAUGAUAACUUACUGUUAUGUGUUACGUCAUGUCUAAGAUUAUUACAGAAUUUCAUAUAUGCUAAUAAUUGUCCGCACUAUUUUAUUACCGGAAAUAAUCUGAUGGGGGGAAAGUUUGAUGUUAGAACAAGACAACAACUUAUUGUAGUUCUUGAACAUAUUAUAUGUAAAUGUAGUCGCGCUAUACUUGGGACAGAAAUAGACAAUGUCGGAGAUCGUCUGAGAGACAAAUGCGGAUUACUACAGGCAAGAUGUAAUUAUCAGACACCUGAUCAAAAUCAUUGUAAAAUAUAUAGUAGAUUAUACUGCGGUAUGACGGACAUAAUGGUUUUUACUGCUUCAGAAAUAAAAAGUACAAGGAUAUUUUCCGAGAUGAAAUCCCGCUUAUCAGCUGUGUUACAGGUAUACAGGUGUAGUGGAUGUAUAGAACGCGAGAGUAUUUUAUUGAUGAUACCGUCACUUUGUACGACAAUGGGAUCAAUGCUGGCAACACGCAACAUUUCACGAGGGCGAACUGUUUCUAACACAGCGUUGUCGUUAUUCUCACUGGGAAUUGAUUCUGAUGUUGCGGCCGGAAGACUUAAACUGGCAUCAGCGUUAUUUUGUGCCGGGGAUCUGGAGAAAACAGUGAUCGUACUUCGCGACGUGGAAGAAAGAUAUAAUCCUCGUGUCACUCAACCGGUAUGUAACUGUAGGAGAACUGCCUUAAAAGGCGUCGAAUGUAGAUUUCCUAUAGAUAUUCUCCAUGUUGAAAAUGUGAAAGCUUUAACAUCUUAUUUUGCAUUUGGAGUUUCAGUUACACGUGGAGAGGUGCACUGCGUUCCUCACGCUCUACAGUAUGAAAUGUUUAGAUGUACAGAAGAAGAAAGAGCCAUGCGUAAUAAGGACAAAGACUACUGGAAGAACUGGGCUGUCGUUGAUCCUCUCCCUUACCUGUACUACCUUCAGUAUCUGACAUAUGGUCAACUUGGCAGACAAAGAGAUCAACAGAGAGCUCUUUACAAACUAAUCAUAAUCGUAUCCACAGAACAAAAACUCUUACAUAGGGAGACUGCACUAAAUUUACUCGGUCAAUGCAUGGAACAAGAAGGCAGGUUAAUGGACGCUCUAGUUUAUUACAGAUGUUCAUUGAAUGAGCGACAGACACACAAUCUUGCGAGAUGGCAUAUUGUUGGUCUAGUUGGAAGGAUAUAUCAUUCCUAAUACAUACAGCUGCACUAUAUACAUUUACUAAUAAAAUGAAAAACAGCAUUAAUACGAGUAAGAAGACAUUUGUUGUAAAGCAGAGGCAACACAAACUCUCAACAUGAGAAUACGUCAUUUUUUUUUCAAUAUGGUUCUUUUAUCAAGAUCUUGUUUACUUCAAGAGGAAGCUAUCUACCCAACCCUUCUAAAUGGUAUGGUAGCUGAUUUCUGCCAUUUCGUGUGUUCGUGUCGGCGAGGCGAAAUGUCGAAGUAACGAAAACACGAAAGGUCGAAAUAAUGCAUAUUUGUUCGUGUCGGCGGGUCGAAAUGUCGAAGACACGAAAACACGAAAGGUCGAAAACUGCUUAUUUGUCGUGUGUUCGCCUUUCGAGAUUCGAGGCAAAUAUACGGAGUAACGAAAUAUUGAAGGCGAAAUAACGAAAUUUC